UUAUGGUUGGGUCGGAACAGCGGAAGCUAGGGAGGGAUCAAGGAAACCUUCAGCAACGUAGAUAAACACUCCGAAGACGUGUGAACCAAGCAGUCACACAACCGUAACGACACCAAAGAGAACCGUAAAAGGAUCCUUGACACAGCGAGGGUCAACAUGUCUGAGACAUACGACUUCCUGUUCAAGUUCCUGGUGAUCGGCAGUGCCGGGACGGGGAAAUCCUGCCUCCUCCAUCAGUUCAUCGAGAACAAAUUUAAACAGGAUUCCAACCACACCAUCGGCGUGGAGUUUGGUUCCAGAGUGGUUAACGUCGGCGGGAAGACGGUCAAACUGCAGAUCUGGGACACUGCUGGACAGGAGCGAUUUCGUUCUGUGACACGCAGCUACUACAGAGGAGCAGCUGGAGCACUCCUGGUGUACGACAUCACCAGUCGUGAAACUUACAACGCGCUGACUAACUGGCUGACAGAUGCACGGACACUAGCAAGCCCCAACAUCGUUAUCAUCCUGUGUGGAAACAAGAAAGACUUGGACGCAGAGAGAGAAGUGACCUUUCUGGAAGCCUCGCGGUUCGCCCAGGAGAACGAACUAAUGUUUCUGGAGACGAGCGCUCUCACGGGUGAAAACGUCGAGGAGGGAUUCCUGAAAUGUGCUCGCACGAUCCUCAGCAAGAUAGAUUCAGGAGAGUUGGACCCAGAGAGGAUGGGCUCUGGAAUCCAAUAUGGAGACGCUUCUCUGAGGCAGCUGCGUCAGCCGAGAGACACGACGACGCAAAACAAGCAGCAGUGUAACUGCUAGGGACCGGACUCCGUCCUUACUUGAACCCACAGGCCCACACGGACAGAAUGCCCCCUACAGCUCAUCUCCAGGUGUCUUUGGGUGUGUGUGUGACCGCAGACUCGCGGGGGGCCCCUGACCUCUAACCUCUGGUAAGCCUCUUUACCUGAGUGGUUCAGGUUUGAGCCUGCAUCUGGACAGCUUUAACCCCCUCUCAGUGUGAAGACGGUUGGACCACAAAGAAGAGAAUCCCUCCUUAGUUACCAGAAAAGGACAAGUCAAGUGUUGUUUGUUUGAGCUUCUCUGCUGUUAUCUUACCUCUUAGCUUUUCCAUGCUGGUUUUAAGCAACCCUAAGAUGUUUUCUGCGUUUGCACAUCAUUGACUAGAAAUGAUGAUUGUAAAGCAUUUCCAUCACUCCGCCUUGUGAUUAGUUAAUUGAAACAGUUCGUAACCGAUAGUGAUUCUGCAAUAAACAGUCUAAAUGUGUACUCUUAAGAGGUCAUCUUCCACAUAGUUUGGCUUAAAAAUGUGUUCAGGUUUCUACCAGACAUCCUUAGAAAGAUAUCUAGUAAUCAUCUAAUCUUCUCAUUUGAUCAGAAAGUUGAAGAUGCUCAUUAGUGGAUUCAGGUGGACCUCAGUCAGACCCACAGUGUAAUAUCAUGGAGUGUUACAAUGGAAAAGGCUUGGUUUUUGUAUUACAAAUGCACUGUUAUAAUGUAGAGCCGUGGCUUUUACAUUAUACUAGAUACCACAGUUCGGUCAGAACUUUACAUCCUUUCAUUGACCUCUCAUAUUAAUUUGUGGCUUUUAACCAUUUUUAUUUUCCAGGCUAAUCACAGUACUGUGAUUCAAAUAGUGAUUAUAAACCAUACAACUACAAUAAGUUUUACAAACAAGAAUAUUUGAGCUUUUAUGUUACCGAGUACUAAUAUUUGCCUAGAUUUCUCCUCGCAAGCUGUAGAGAAACUAAACAGGUUUUGUAGCCAUAAAGACGCUAAUACAGAGUGGAUAUUUAACUUCUCUUUAGAAGUGGUAGAGUUCAUUUAUAUUGGUUGGUUUCUUGAGGCAGAUUCAGCUUUCCAGAUACUAGGGUUGAAUUCCAGAACCUUAAUGUCAUCCUCUUUGUGCAAUGCACCAGUAUAAAUGGCAGCAAAACAGGCCACAGCAUAAUGCUGCCACCACCAUGCUCGACAAUUGGUAGAGUGUUCUUAGGUGUUUUAGCUUCGCCUCGGCCUCUAAACAUAUUUCUCAUUGAUGUGGUCAAACACCAUGAAGCAUUUCUCCUGAAGACAUCUGGCUUGUCCUUGUGACCGUGUCCAAAUUUUGGUCAAGCUUAAAGGAAAUGAUAUUGGUGUCCCAGCAUUUUUGAGAUCAUAAUAGCGUUAAGCGUUUUAAGGUUCUGAGUUGCUCUUAAACACCAUAACUACAUUCCUUUCAUUGGAGCUGGCAGUUUGGGUCAGACUGUUGAAAUCUGGGCACAGCUGUGUGUUCCAACAGAACAGUGAUCCCAAACACUUAUCUAAAGUGGUUUUGCAAUGGAUAAAACAUGCAAACAUUAAGGUUUGUUGGGUCUGUCCCAAAAGAUCGACCAAUUUAAACUAGCUCUGCCAAAAUGAGAGGUCCGAUAUCCAGUCAGAACCAUUCCAGAAGCUUAUGUCUAAGAUGUGUGGUUUCUCUGCAGCUUUAUAAAGGACAUCUAUCCAAAUAUUAGUAAGGGUGUAUGUAUAUAUUUGAACCUGUACAGAUUAGAGAAAACGUGAGCACCGGAUUUUUUUUAUUUUUUAUUUUUAUUGAAAUAAUUCAAGUUGUAUGUUCUAUAAUGAUUUCAUCCUACAAGAAACAGUUUAAAUAAACCCUUUGGAGCCCAAAAUGAAUAACAUUCAUGGUAUCGGUGGCUGUAUUUAAAUUUCUCACCAGAACUGGGUUUUACUCCAACUUUUCAGUUCCUCUCUAAGUCAAAACACAGCAAAGAGGAAAUGUCCGAGGGUUCCACAGCAUCUGAAGAUGGAUCGAUAUUGGGAUAGUGUUAAGACCUCUGUGACGUCUAGUCCUGAUUUACCGAACGAUUAGGAGUCAUUAACCUUUCUAAUAACUCCAGUAUUGUUCCCCUUCCCUCUGGGCUUUUUCUUCAGGAGCUCCCUUUGAUCCAUGGUGCUCUACAUGCUAAUGCCGGUUCAGGAAUAUGAAGGCAAACACGGCUUUCUGUUUUGGAGGCUUUCAUGAUGCUCACUCUGGUUCUUCAAGAAGCUUUGCCAUCGUUUAUACAUGUGUGGUUGGGAGUGUGCAGUUCUGAUUCAGGGUUCUGUUUGCAGCCGUACAAGUAAUGACUUACGGUCAUACACAACGAGGAAGUAUUAGGAUCACUUCCAGGAAAAUAUGGCAGAAUUUAUAUAUGUUGCAUUGCCAUUUGAGAAUGGAGUUGAAUUACCACUACCACUAAAAAAAAGUUCAACUGUUGAAAAAAUUCAAAGAGUUGAAAUGUUAAAAGGAAGUUUUUUUUUUUCAAGAAAAAAAGCUGAAAUGAGAAAAAUGUUGAGACUAAUCAUUGCCCCAAACGAAGACCUGCAAUAGCUGUGAAAACGAGCUGCUUUAAUACAAUGCAGCAGUUCCAGCAUUUGAAUCUUUUCUUUUAGGUAUUCUUUCCACUUUAUACUCGACGUAUUUCAUCAUGAAACAGCAUUUUGACACAUUCUCACUAUUUCAACUUUAAGAUGGGGGGGGGAAAAAAGCUCAGUUGUACCUAAACAUCCUCUGCUCUGUUGCAGUUUGUUUUAGUGAGCCAGCUCAGGUUAUUAAUUCCUUUGGGGAAAACAGAAUAGAUUUUCCACUGUAAGUCGGUUUCCUCUCCUUGGAUCACUGAGCCAGAGAUUAUGGUGAUUCUAGAGGGAAUCAGGUUCCACCUUAGAACCAUUCCAAACCCCCAGAAGCUGGUUGUGUCUUCAUCGCUCACCCAACGGUAGAUCAAAACAUUUCGCCAGCUAACGUAUGUCUGUAUCCUCAAUUGUUCGGUUUUGUCCCUCCAGCCUAAUAGUAGAUAUUUGAACCCGAGCGAGUCAGCGCACUAAAGGGAUUUGGGCUUUCUGCUGCAAACAUGAAGGAUGUCAUGGUGAAAAUGGGUUGCUUUAAAUUGUGUGUCUGUCUUCUCUGAAAGUGCACUUUUACUUUUACAAUUUACUUUUAAUAUGCUGUAACUAUACAAAUGUACAUGUUAGUUUACUUGAAAAAUAUUCUGUCAUAAAGAUUUUAAUGUAGAUCCUAUUUGCUCUUAUUAAAUAACAACUGGUCUCCUCUUGCUGGCUUUGUGAGAAAGCAGCUGAUUCCUCCUGUUUCCACACAUUUAUUACUUCAGAUGUUUCAACACUGCUGAGUCAGAGUUGAACUGCAUCAAUCUGUAUGUUCAGGUCAUAUAGCGCUCAUCAGAACAACCAUACACGCAUCAUCUCUUCAUUCGGAGAACACAAUCCUGACUCAGCUGUUUUUGUAAAUGAUGUGACAUAAUCAGCCCAAAUAUUACUGUACAUUUUAAGUAUAACCUGUGCUGUAAAUAAGAUUUGUCUAUUGUGUUAUUGAGGUUGAGUAUUGCUCUUUGUUUUAAGUAUGCAAUUCCCAGUAAACUGCUUGUUUUUCA